AUGUCUUCUACUUCAGUCGAAAUUCCAGUCCAGGUCGCGUCCUCGGUCGCGUCUUCCAGUCACAUCUCGCAACCAAAUGCUGUUUCCCAUACCAUCGAAGGCAGCCAUUUGCCUUUGGACUCUACAAUCGUCAUUCACGAUCUUCCUGCGACUAUGGACGCUGUAGAUAAUAUCUUUGGUCGUCAUUGCCAGGAGCAAGAAGCUCUGCCUCCUUAUAUCGAAGAACCACCAGCGUACACUCCAUCAGGUUCAAAUGAACCUAUAACGCUUGCUAUGUACCUUUUUAAAUUCGGAUUCCUAUUCCCUCCAUUCUGGAUAAUAGGUGCCCUCAUCCUUCUUUCUCCUCUCCGUCAGCCGGAAUCCACACCCUCAUCCGUAUGGCUGCCAGAAAAGACCGAGAGUGAGCGAGAGGAGAUUAUUCAAAAGAUGCGUCAGGCAGAGGUUAGAUGGGCGAAGCGGUGUUUGGUUGCGCUGUGCAUACUGCUUGUGCUUGUCAUCGUUGGUGCCUUGGCUAUAUGGGCAGUCUUGAGAGCAUGA